GCCGUUGUUUGGUCCUGAAUCGACGUUCAGCCUGAACAUCUUUGCGAUAAUCAACACCUAGGGAUGUGAUCGCCACAGAACCGCCCUCGACGACUGCAAUCUCGAUGCAAACACUCGCCCGCCCGCGAUGAAGCUCGAUCGGCCCAACCUCUUCACCCUUGCCAUCCUGUCGAAUGUAUCCGCCGCUCUGUUGACUGGUCGCCUCUCAGAUUCUGACACAAGCUCUGGAAGAUCUCCUUGGCCCUGGCCUGGUACGUCUGACCCUCAACCCGACCUUCCUGGCAGAUACGUCUCCUUCCAGGACCUACACCGCUGUCCAAGUCUGACACCGAAAGAUGAUACUCCCUCAUCGGCUAAAGACGUACGCCCUGACGAUAUCAAAGUCAUCAUGGCCAUUGGAGACUCCAUUACCGUUGGAUUUCUGGCCAGACCAACAAGUUCAUCAUCAUCCAUCCUGUCUAUCAAAGAAUGGAGAGGGUUGUCGUACCCUAUAGGAGGAGACGAAGGGGCCAUCACACUGCCUAAUAUCCUUUCAAGGUGGUCGUUAACGACCGGGCAAUCGCACAGCUACAUCUUUGACUCGAGACCAAAAGCGAACACACAGCAUCCACUCGGUGUCCCGCCGGUCCCACCAAGUGUAUCGGCCACAUCCAACUGGCAGGACGACCUCUGGACAUCGUACAAAGGGCUCAAUGGGGCUGUCAGUGGCAGUACGAGCCUGUCACUCUACUCUCAAGUCAGGGACUACAUCCUUCCUCGAUUAUCGAAAAUGAAUGUUUCAGACACAGAGUGGAAGUUUGUCAAUGUGGGCAUUGGAGCCAAUGAUAUCUGCGCUUUCUGCCUCGCCCCCAAUUCCACUUUACCGCUAGUCGGUUCACCGGAAGAAUUUGCAGAGGGGAUUAAAGAUGCAGUGGAUCUGCUACGGAAACAUGUUCCUCGCCUGAUCGUCAACAUCAUUGGCCUAUUCAAAGUAUCGUCGCUGUACGCAUUGACUCUGAAGAACCCUUACUGCAAAUCCAUAUUUCUCCCCCCGGCACUACCUCAUCUCCCGUUGGAAUGCAACUGUGCGCUCUUACCUGGCCCCGUCGGUGACUAUACCCGACGCAGGAUGGACGAUAUGAGUGAAGCAUACGAUUCAGCCGUCCUACAAGUCAUCAAGGAUUGGCAACAGGAAAGUGAUAGAGAAUUUGGAGUCAUGUGGCAACCGGGCUCCUUUAUCGACCUUGAAUCUUGGCCAAUCGAGGCUCUAUCACCUAUCGACUGUUUUCAUCCUUCUGAAGCGGCUCAUCAACGUGUCGCAGCAGGUCUAUGGAACAGGCUGACAAUGGGUCUGGAGACUAAAUCACGUCCUAUACGAUGGACGGAAGAGGUGUCUGUGAGAUGUUUAGAAGAUGACGAUCGGUUUGGACUGGGCAUUUAGCACUCUGUAGUUGUAAUAUUCUGUCAUUGUUGUAUGUAAAUGUCGUACCAUUGAAUGAAUCACAAAGACGACGGCGUAAACGCUGGAUCACUGGCGAUCGUUGACGAACAGACGCAACUCCUCUGGCGCGUACAUCCUCUGUUCAUCGAUCACCCAUCCACGUCAUGCGCAGCGGCGUCACAUCGAUACUGGGUACACCCGCUGCCCGAUCGCAUCAUCCUACUAUCACGUCCCCACACCCAAGGUUUCGGCCGAAAGGCUGACUCCUUCUGCUCCUCCUCCUCUUCCUCCUCCUCCUCCCCGGCCUCCUCCACCUCCUCUUCUCUCUCCUCUGAGUCCGAGAAUGCUCGAGGGGCCGCCUCCAGUCUGCUCUGCGUUGUCACAGCGUCUUAUUUGCUCGACCGGCGCACAAACUGCUCGAAUGAGAAUGCAUCUUUGUAUAUAGGACCAU